GUUAAUGAUAUGACACGAUUUUGAUUACAAAUUUUAUUAACAUCAAUAGUGUAAUAAUAAUAAAAUAUUGUACACAAGAAGAAGUAACGUAACACUUAUUUUAUUAAAUACUUGUAUUAAUUUAGCAUCGUGGAGCGAUAAUUACUUAAGAGAAUGACUUCAGAUAUACUGACAAGUUUGCAGUUGGACAAAACCUAUGAUUCAAGCAGAAUAAUUGUUGUGAAAGAAUUAAAUGGCUGUGAUAGUUCUUUUAUUACAAGCUGUGUUCUUGGACACUGUGUAAAAAAUAAAAAUGCCGUCUUUGUCAUAUCAGCGCAUAACUCAUUACAACAUUAUCAUCAUGUUGGUCUUAAAAUGAACUAUAAUUUGCAAAAAUCUGUAGACUCUGGUAUUAUUAGUUUUUAUGAUGUAGGUGAAGAAUUAACAGACUCUAUAUUAGACAAUAAAUGUUUGACAUCUCAAGAAAUAUGGUUAAAAAUAAAGGAAAUAUUAUUGGAAAUGCACAAAAAGUUUAAUUCUGUAAAUGUAAUAUUUGAUGGAGUGUCUCAUUUAUUUGACUUACAAUUAAGUAUUAGACAAGUGAAUGAAAUAUGUAAAGAACUAAUUGAUCUUAUUAGAAGUUUGAGCAAUUCAUAUUUAAUACUGAAAUGUAAUGUAGCAUCCGAUGAUGAUAUAACAUUUGUUUUAGCAAAUCUGCUUUCCCAUAAAGCAAAUACUUUAGCAGAGGUAGAAAGUUUAUCAUCAGGCUUAAGUGCAGAUGUAUCUGGUCAUUUGACUAUUAAAUAUCUAAGUAAUAAGUAUGAAGAUGAACACAUGUACACCUUCGAACCGAAAUCAGCUCAAUAUCUUUUUAAAUUAUUUGAUAGAGGUGUUAAAUUACUUGCUCCUGGCACAGUUUAAUAUUUGUUAUAUGGCAUGUAAAAAAAUAAUUUAAUAAAAUUAAGUUCAGAAAAAAUAUUAAUAAAUUAUAUAUGAAAAGGU